AUGCCAAAUGAGUUAGAAAACGGAAUGGAGCAAGUCGAGAAUGAUGAAAAUGUAUGUUUUUUGAGUGAAUAGAUUCAGAGAUUUCCAAAAAAUUGAAUUUUUCAGCUGAUCGAUCGGAAUGGAUCAGCAAGAACCAAUGGGAUUGAUGUAAGUCUCUCACUUCCUAGACUGUUUCUUGAUAGACCUGAAAAUUAACUAGAGAAAAAUGAUGAAAAAAAGUAGGUUGCAAUUUUUCAGGAUCAGAAUGAUCCAACUAAUGAGCCUGGAGACAAUGGGAACGAUUUUUCUCAAGCCAAUCGCCCCGACGUAAGUUUUGAGAGAUGAAACAAAUAGACACAAAACAUAAUUUUUCAGUUUGGGAGAGUUGCAUCCUAUUUUGUGAUUAGAAGAAGCCGCGGAGGAUUCACAAUGAGUAUUAUUGGAGACUUGACAGGAAGACCCACAACACAUGACUCUGAAAACGAAUCAGAUCUCUUCAGAGUCCCUUUCACAUUUGUCUUCCCAUCAGAAAGACAACCUUUCCAACGAAUCAAUAGAAUUGACAAGUCAAAGAAAACAAGAUCACCAGAAAAAUUGGAAGAACCACAACACCUCCAAAAAGGUCAAAAACGACGUGUCAUUACGUUGACUCAAAGAAGACAAAAGAAAUAA